UCAUAUCUCAACCGCCACAUCACCACAUCUUCCAUUUUCCCGCCACAUUUGGCUGUCUUUCCCGCACCCAAGCAACACAAGUGCCGCCUGCAACACUCAGUUUCGAUUUGUCUGAGAAAGAAUGAAGCAAUCAAAGGAUCCGUUUGAAGCAGCGUUCGAGGAGCAAGAGGAUUCUCCGCCUGAAUCCCCAGCUGACGCCUCCGCGGACGCACGACAAAACCCUAAUUCUUCAAUUGCCGCUCAUAGUUCCCAAUCCCAACCUCAAGACCAGCUCCAGCUCCCUCAUGACGACAAUGCCAAAAAGGGUCCUUCACAAUUCACCCCUGGCAGUGGCAGCGGCAGUGCUAAUGCCAGUGCCAGUGGUUCCUUCACUGCCACCGCUGGAGGCGGUGGUGCUGGCACUGGGAUGAAGAGCAAAGAAGAGGAGGAGGAAGAGGAGGAGGAGAACAUGGACGUUGAGCUCGGAAAGUUCCCUUCGAGCGGCGAUCCUGAUAAGAUGGCCAAGAUGCAGGCUAUAUUGUCACAAUUCACUGAGGAACAGAUGAGCAGAUAUGAAUCAUUCCGCAGGGCCGGAUUUCAGAAAUCUAACAUGAAAAGAUUAUUAGCAAGCAUCACUGGGACGCAGAAAAUUUCCGUGCCGAUGACGAUCGUAGUAUCGGGGAUCGCAAAAAUGUUUGUUGGUGAAGUUGUUGAAACAGCUAGAAUAGUGAUGCAAGAGAGGAAGGAAUCAGGACCAAUUCGUCCAUGUCACUUGAGAGAAGCAUAUAGACGAUUAAAGCUUGAAGGAAAAAUAUUUAAAAGACCAAUGUCGAGGCUCUUCCGGUAAAUGUAUGAAUUGUGAAUGUAGUGGAUGAUGUCACUGGUUUGCAGCAGUGUCUUGUAGGUAGAUUUGGUACUCGCUACUCAGUACCUUCAUGGCCUCAUUCGUGCAUCCUGAUAUUUGUUACUGUUUGUAGGUAAAUUUAGAAUAUUUUCCCAUUCCUUUAUCAAAUAUUAAAUUUGUGAACACAACAAUUAUAGGCCUCAACAUCUGUUCUAUCUAUGUUGAAGUUGAAAUGCAUAUCUGUGCUGCCAUGACAUGCUGUAUAUUGCAUUGCAAAGCUUACUGUGUUAAAUAGAUAGCUAGCUUGAAUAACUUGGGAGAAGGAGAACUAGAAGAGGAUUUGAGCUUGGUUGCAAGAGAUCUCAGUUAACUAUUAGGGUCAAACUAAUGUAUAGUCUAGGGUUUUGCUCCUCUAAAGUAAAAGUUUGUCCAAGCUAUUUUACUCCCUAUUAAUGCUAAAGUUGAAUAAUUAAAUUUUGGGUAGUAAGUAUACUUAUAUGUCCCUGGAGUUGAAUGAUGUAAUGUCUUACUCCCCAAAUUUGGGUUGAGUUAUCUAUGAACUAUCUAAAAGAAAUUCUGGAUGUUGGUAUUUUUUGUUUGA